CACAUUGCAAAUGACAGGCACAGAUAUUCAAAACACAAUUUUAGAAAAAUUAAUAAAAUGUACACAAAUAAUAAAUUUUGUUAAAAUAAUUACAAAAAAAUACAUAUUUCCAAAAUUACUUGUAAAAAAAUUAACGUUUCGGGAUUAAAAAAGGUUUAUAGGAUUUAAAAAUGCGCGAAAUUAUUACUAUCCAAAUUGGUGCAAGCGGAAAUUCUAUAGGUGAUGCUUUCUGGCAUGUGAUUUCUCAUGAGCAUGGCGUAGACUAUGCAUCUGGACGGUUUCAGGGGACCAGCGCUUUACAAUUGGAACGUAUCAACGUUUUCUUUAACGCCACCGCAAGUAAACGUUUUUAUGCACGCGCUAUUUGUGUAGAUACGGAGGCGACAACUAUUGAAAAUCUUCACAAGCGUUCUUCGCUGUACAGACCCGAGAAUUUCGUGGCUGGCACUGACAGUGCCGGAAACAACUUUGCGCGAGGUUACCACACGGACGGUGCAGAAAUUCUGGACGCUGUCCUAAAUUCUAUACGACGUGAAGCCGAAUCUGUGGACUCCUUGCAAGGUUUCCAAAUACUACACUCUAUUGGUGGUGGUACUGGUUCCGGUUUAACUGCUCUAGUAAUGAACGCACUUGUGGAUGAAUAUCCCGAUAAUCUAAUAUCGAAUUAUGUUUCAAUACCUUCACCUCAAAUGUCUCAAGUAGUUGUUGAACCUUACAAUGCCUUGCUGAGCAUGCCAUCGUUAAUACACAAUUCUCAUUUAACAUUUUGCCUGGACAAUGAGGCGCUUUUUCAAAUUGUUUCACGAAAUUUGAAAAUGGCUGUUAGUGGUUAUGAACACAUCAAUCAUAUCGUGGCACUUACUAUGUCAGGCAUAACUACCUGCUUGCGGUUUCCAGGUCAACUAAAUGCUGGACUCCGCAAACUCUACGUUAACAUGGUACCAUUUCCCCAAUUACAUUUCCUCAUACCGGGUUUUGCGCCACUUAUUAGUUGCAAACAAAAAGAGUUUUCCCAGGGUACUGUCGCCGAAUUGGUACAACAAAUAUUCUCAUCCAACAAUUUAUUAUGUGCUGUUGAUUUGCGACAUGGAAAGCUUUUAACUGCGGCUGGUAUUUUUCGUGGUCGCAUGUCUCCACGUGAGGUGGAUCAAUUGAUGACCAAUGUACGUAAUAAAAACUUGAGCAGUUUCGUAGAAUGGAUACCCAAUAAUAUAAAGACUGCCAUAUGUGAUAUACCACCAAGAGGGCUUAAGAUGUCCGCAACUUUCAUUGGCAACACUUCAGCAAUAUAUAAACUCUUGCAACGUAUUUUAGAUGGCAGCGGCAUAAUGUUGAGACGCAAAGCUCAUUUACAUUGGUAUACGGGGGAAGGAAUGGAAGAGCAAGAGUUCAUUGAUGCUCAACAUGAUCUGCAAGAUACGCUUGAUUUGUAUAAGCAGAGUGGAGAAGAAGUACCGGAAGGUGAAACUGUAGAAGCCAAUUCGUGUGCACCUUGUAAUGAGACUAACGAUUUAAAGUGAGAAGCAAAAAAAAACAAAUCAAGUAAACAAGCAAAAAUAUUUUAUUUACAAAAAUUCAGCAUUUUGUUACCAAAAAAUUAAAAAUAUCGUAUGCUUUAAUAAUUGCUUCUCCUUAGCAGCCAUGAAAUAGGACGUAAUUAACUUAACUUAUAAUACCGGUUUUGAGUAAUAAAGAAAGUCAGGGGUAAUUUAUAUUGUUAAAUUUGACAAAAUUAUGUGAA